GACAGUUUUAUGUUGACGAUGGACUAAUUUCAGUAACCACACCUGAUGAAGCAGUAGACCUCCUGAAAAGGACAAAACAGAUGCUUGCAGAAUCCAAUAUAAGACUGCACAAGGUAGCAUCAAACAGCAACCAAGUCAUGGAAGCAUUACCUAARGAAGACCGAGCAAGUGACCUGAAGGAGCUGGAGCUUGGUGCAGAUCCACUCCCUCUCCAGCGCAGCCUUGGACUUUCUUGGAAUUUAGAAACUGACAGCUUUACAUUUCAGGUUUCAAGYGAACCAAAGCCAUUCACUAAGAGAGGCAUUCUGUCAACAGUAAAUAGUCUUUUCGAUCCUUUGGGAUUYGUGGCCCCAAUAAUAAUGCAAGGAAAAGCACUUCUGCGUGAACUCUCAUCACAACAAGACGAGUGGGAUUCUCCACUACCUUCUGAGAAASAAGCAGAAUGGAACGCAUGGAAAAACUCUCUGAAAGCCUUGGAGGUUUUACACAUCAGGAGGAGUUAUUUCUCCAUUUCACCCACAUCACUGCAAAAGAAAGAGUUAUGCAUUUUUUCAGAUGCAUCUACACUCGCGAUAGGAGCAGUAGCCUACAUAAGAGCAGUUGAUGUUGAUGGAACAUAUCAUGUUGGCUUUGUCAUGGGUAAGUCCAAGCURGCUCCAAAGCCUGYACACACCAUUCCACGCCUUGAACUCUGUGCUGCUGUGUUGGCUGUACAGUUGUACGAGGUGAUCCAAGAGGAAAUGGAUGUUAGUGUGGAUGCAGUUACGUUUUUUACAGACAGCAAGAUUGUGCUUGGCUACAUCCAUAAUUCUUCAAGAAGAUUUUAUGUUUAUGUUUCYAACAGAGUGACAAGAAUCAGACAAUCYUCUUGUCCAARCCAGUGGCGUUAUGUUUCCACAAAUCAGAACCCUGCAGACCACGCUACCCGGUUUGCUGCAGCAGAGUGCUUUCAACAGACCAGCUGGUUUACAGGUCCCAGKUUUUUGACAUCAGACUCUGCAGAAAAGCCCCCUGAAACCAACAACUUUAGUCUGGUGGAACCUGAAACAGAUGUUGAGAUCCGACCCAUUGUGACAGUGAUGACCACCAACACCUCAUCAGAAYCACGAGGAUGCAAAAUGUGAAACAGGAAAAUGUUUUACAAAAAUACUCGGCACAGAGGAGCUCAAAAAGGCGGAAACUCUAAUAAUUUAUGUCAUCCAACAMGAGGCUUUCAAAAAGGAAMUUAAGAGCCUGGAGAAGGAAGAGACAUUUCCUAAACAAAGCCCACUUAAGAAACUUAAUCCUGUAAAGGACAGUAAGGAUUUACUGAGARUUGGAGGUCGUAUUUCAUCUGCAGAGAUGUCAAACGAGGAGAAACAUCYGCUGAUCAUUCCCCGAACAUGCCACAUUGCUACAUUACUUGUGAGAUUCUUUCAUAAGGAGGUGGCUCACCAAGGCCGCCACAUAACGGAAGGAGCGAUUCGAGCCGCCGGCUAUUGGAUUAUYGGAGCCAAGCGUCUGGUGUCUUCUGUAAUCCAUAAAUGCGUUAUCUGCCGAAAGCUACGGGGACAUCCACAAAAUCAGAAAAUGGCAGAUCUSCCUACAGACAGACUUGCGCCUGAACCCCCUUUCACAAAUGUGGGCCUUGAUGUCUUUGGACCAUGGACCAUCAGUACACGUCGCACRAGAGGAGGAAGUGCUAAUAGUAAACGGUGGGCCGUCCUUUUUACUUGUAUGUCUACCAGAGCUGUACACAUAGAGUUGGUGGAAUCCAUGUCAACAGAUAGCUUUAUCAACGCUCUGAGGAGAUUUUUCGCUAUCCGUGGUCCUGCCAAACUUCUCCGAUCUGACAGAGGAACCAACUUUGUGGGUGCAUGCAGAGAACUGAACAUCAACUCCAAAGAUGCAGCAGUUGAGUCCUAUCUCCAAAGCAAAGGAUGCACAUGGAUUUUUAACCCUCCGCAUUCAUCGCACAUGGGUGGUUCAUGGGAGAGACUUAUUGGUGUAGCCAGACGCAUUCUGGAUGCUAUGUUACUCCAAUCAGGACACACUCAUCUCACACAUGAGGUUUUGAGCACUCUCAUGGCUGAAGUCAUGGCGAUCAUGAAUGCCAGACCUCUGGUGCCUGUGUCUAAUGAUCCUGAGAUGCCAACCAUCCUCACUCCAGCUAUGCUGCUUACUCAGAAGACAAGCACAGUGUCAGCUCCGUCUGGUGAAUUCAAGGUGGGUGUUCUGCAAGGCAAACAAUGGAAACAUGUCCAGUGUCUUGCAGACACAUUUUGGAAGAGAUGGAAACAAGAAUAUUUGUCCWCUCUACAAGUGCGCAGGAAAUGGACUCAGCAAGAAAAGAAUAUAAAGGUGGGAGAUGUUGUUUUGCUUAAAGACAGCCAAGCCCACAGGAACGACUGGCCCAUUGGGAUCAUUGUGAAAACCCUACCGAGCAGCGACAAGAUCGUACGCAAGGUAGAAGUGAAGAUAACAAAAGGAGGACAUGCCAAGAUUUUCCUAAGACCCGUUUCAGAGAUUAUUGUUCUGCUUUCUGAAGGAAUUUGAAUGGACAGAGACAGUUUUCUGUUAUUACGGUGACAAAAUAAUAUUUUG